AUGGCCCUUUCAUCCGAUCAAACACCCGAAGUUGCAAUGUCGGCUUUCGAAUACGGCAAGAAUUUGGCUUACGAUGUCACAGGCACAUCAGCUUCCCUGGGAAAGGGUUCUUUAUCUGAUAUACGGCAGGGAAUUGUAACUGCUCCAAUAUUAUUUGCUAUGGAAGAGUUUCCUUGGUUAAAAUCGGCUCUCGAGUACGUAUGGAAGAGUCGUGGAAUACAGAUGACGACAGAGCUAGCAAUAAAGCAUGCUAAUCUUGUUGCAGCAGCCAUUGAUUCUUUGCCCGAAAGUAGCAACAUCGACGUAACAAAGUCGAGACACGCACUUAUUAAUCUCACUCGAAUACUCGUCACUAGGAACAAAUGA